UUACAGAUAGUCCAAUAGGACGUUAGGACUGUGAUUCCGCUCUUGGAAAUGGUUAGGAGCCAUUGCGUAAGGACAGAGUGACAGAGAACAGCCAUCAGGACACUGACCGCAGACAAGGAGGGACAGCCAACAGAAACAGUCACUUUAAACAACAUGGAAUCUGUAUCAUAUGACCGGUUUACCACACCUGAGGCAGAAAUUAAUCAUAUGGGCCAAAAGUUAUUAUAUGAUUCAGGUAGACAGAACAGAAAAAUGUACAUACUAUAUGGUGUUCUUGUCCUUUAUGUGUUCAUACUGACGCUGGCUGUAGGAAUUAAAAUCUCUCAGGUCAGCCAAGAUGUCGCUGAUCUUAGACUUUCUCCGAAGACAUUUGAGGCCCCCCAAACUCUACAAUUUGAACAUGCUCACUUCUCUGAGCGUGUAAUGCCGGUGCAAGGUCCCUGUCAGGAAAACUGGGUGUUUUAUAAAGACUCAUGCUACUUUCAGUCUUUAACAAAGAAGAAAUGGCAAUCUGCUGAGAAAAACUGUGUGGAGAAAGGAUCACACUUGGCUGUUGUCAAUGACCUGGCUGAGCUUGACUUCCUGUCUUCAAUCGUGAAGUUGUCUGAGAGCUACUGGAUCGGGCUUGUUGAGAAAGAAGAGGGAGAAUGGACCUGGGUAGAUGGAACAGACUAUAGUACAACUGAACACCUCUGGGAUGUAGGUCAACCAGAUGACUGGGAUGUCCGUGUGAAUGGUGAGGAUUGUGGACAGCUUCACGCUCGGAUAACUGAGGAAAGACGGAGGCUGUGGAAUGAUGCGGACUGUACGCUUUCUUACCCUUACAUCUGUGAGGGCAAACCCAAGAGCCACUGACAAACAUCAACUAACCUCCAACACUGCAAAAAAUCACUUCCUUAAGCAGGGUUUCUGACUCUUUUUCCAGUAAAAAUAUCUAAACAUCCUUAAAACACGAUGUAAUUAUUUGAGAACAAAAUUGUAGAUAAUAGACUUAUCAAAGGACAUUCUUUGAAUUUGAAGUAGAUUUUUCCCCCCUAAAUUUAAGCACAAAGCAGAACAUUUAAGUUGCUUAAAACAAUUUACCAAUGGGAUAAGACAAAAUUAACUUUACUUCAAGAUAAAGUUUCUCUUAAUAUAUAAGGAAAUUCUGCGUCUCAGGUGCAAUUAAGGUUGUUUAGAUGUUUAAUUAGAAAACUAGACUGUAAAAAAUAAUUUUUACAGUGUGUACUACAUAACAUAGUAUUAUUUCAAAAAUAAAUGUGACAGACUAGUAUCAAAACAGGAUUACAACAAUUUUUUAAAAUACUUUACUUGUUUUAAAAUACUCUAAAUACUAUCAAAUACUUUAAGUAUUUGUUUAAUUUAUUAGAUGUUAUAUUACGAUUCUUUGUCAAUAAUUGCAUAUAAAUGUACUUAACCUGCUUAAGCUACAAAAAUAAUUUUCUGAAUCAGUAUCUUUGUCUUUUUAAACAAGGUUAAAUUGCAUUGAUAUUCUUGAUAGAUAAGAAUAAUAUGACUUAUUUUUCAGAGAAUAUAUAAUAAGUUUAUAUAAUUGACUAAUUGUUUUUACUUGUUUUAAACACAGAUUGCAUUAAACAAGAAGAACAGUUUGCCAGUGGGAAGAAAAUGUGUUUAAUCACAUGAAUUUGCAUAUACCAUUAACGAGUGUGUCUGCUAUGAAUUAAAUAUCAGCUGGGAUAAACAAAAAUAAACUGUUAGAUGAUA